CCGGGUGUGGGAGUCAGCUGACAGCACUUGUGAAGCUUUAGUUCGCCUGUGCACAUAGUGCUAAACGAGGAAAAUAAGCAUUAUAAUGUCCACAAAUCCGCCGAAAAUUAAGCUUUCGUUUGCUGGCAAUGAAAGGUUGCAGAAAAUAAAAGAUGCUUUUCAUGAGAAAUAUGGAGAAACUCCUUUUUUCUACGCUUACGCUCCAGGAAGGGUGAACUUAAUAGGAGAACAUAUUGACUAUUGUGGCUAUGCUGUCCUGCCCAUGGCAAUAGAGCAAAACAUCCUUGCUGCUGUUUCUCUCAAUGACUCCCAAACAAUCCAACUGGCCAACAUUGAUCCUAAAUAUAGAGGUUUCAGUACGUCUGCCAAGAGCGUCUCGAUUGAUAAGGAGAACCCACAGUGGCACUAUUAUUUCCUGUGUGGAGUGAAAGGAAUUCAGGAGCACCUGAGUCUGGCAUCAUUGACAGGGAUGUGUUGUCUAGUGGACGGGUCCAUCCCCGCCAGUUCCGGUCUUUCCAGCUCCAGUGCUCUGGUGUGCUGCGCCGGUCUGGUCACUAUGGAAGCCAAUCAGAAGUCUUUGUCUAAGGUGACUCUUGCGGAGACGUGUGCCAAGUGUGAGCGUUAUAUUGGCACUGAGGGUGGAGGGAUGGAUCAGUCGAUUUCUUUCCUGGCGGAAGAAGGAACGGCAAAGUUGAUAGAGUUCAAUCCACUGCGGGCCACAGAUGUACAGCUGCCUCAUGGCGCGGUGUUCGUAAUCGCAAACUGCUGUGUGGAGAUGAACAAGGCCGCUUCAUCUCACUUUAACAUGAGAGUGGUGGAAUGCCGCAUUGCCACAAAGAUGCUGGCUAAGGCACAAGGUCUGGAAUGGCAUCGGCUACAGAAACUGGGGGAGCUGCAGGCCGAGCUGAAGGUGAGUCUGGAGAAGAUGAUGGAGCUGGUGGACGAUGCGCUGCACCCUGAGCCCUACACCAGAGAGGAGAUCUGCAAGACUCUGGGCAUCAGCACUGAACAGCUUUGUGAAAACAUUCUCAGUACCAACACACAGCAUGCAACCCACUUUAAGUUGUACCAGCGGGCCAAGCACGUGUACGGCGAGGCUGCCCGUGUACUGCAGUUUAAGGCCGUGUGCGAUUCUGCCCCUCUCAACGCGGUCGCUCAGCUAGGCGAACUGAUGAACCAGAGCCAUGCCAGCUGCAGAGACCUGUAUGAGUGCAGCUGCACAGAGCUCGACCAGCUGGUGCACAUAUGUCUACAAGCGGGUGCUGUUGGGUCGAGGUUAACCGGAGCUGGAUGGGGAGGCUGCACGGUUUCCAUGGUACCCAGCGGCAAGAUAGAUUCUUUUCUCCAAACUGUGAGGGAGAGAUAUUAUGCUCCAGACCUCCGCCGAGCCGAUCUGGAAAAGCAGAGUUUAUUCGUGACAAGGCCAGGAGGAGGGGCGGCCAUUUUCACAGAAGAAUAGAAAAGUGAUGGCGCCAUUGGUUGCAGGUUAAAAGCAAGUUGUGAUGCAUAUGAUGGCCAUGAAUCCAAAUGAAAUGGAAAUAUUUGUACUCUCUAUGUCUCAAAAGACUGAAUCUUAAAAAGGUGAAAGUUAUUUUAGUUUCAAGGUCGCAAUUUCUACUUUUGUACAUUCCUACUUUUGCUACGCUUUCAUUACAGCAUUGAAGGUCUUUAUUUGAGUUGUAAAUUCAAUAAAAAGAUCUCUUUGUUUGCA